AGUGCUCCACUCCUAUUCACACCACGUGACUAUCGUCCGCCAUUUUUGGUCCGGGGUUUGAAACGUUACCGCGUCUGAAAGUGAUUGUGUUGAACUCGUGUCAACGUCUAAAGUGAGUUCACCUGGUAUUGACACAAUUCCCCAACGGUUGGAGACAUGAUGAGACACGGUGAACUAAAAUGAAGCACGAGAACUAGUCGAAUUCGACAAGAAUAUGAGGUCUUGAAUCGUACAAAAAUCCCCAUGACCAGGACUUGGAUGAAGAUGUGUCUGCACACUCUGCUGUUCUGAUGAAGAGUUCUUCUUCACCCUCCUCUUCACUACUGGAGAGAUGCGGUUUGAAAAGACGUCGGGGGGAGCAGAGGGGGAGACACUUUAAAGACGCGCGCUCUGGUCAUUUCAUCCUGACUGACAGACAGACGUGAGGCGAGAAGAGGACCCGAGUCCAGACUCUGAGAAACCAUCUUUACUGAUCCGGUUUCCUGAAGCUCCACGGACUGAAGUGCUGACCAACUAUGAGAGAUUCUUCUGCGCGUAAUUACGCACGGACUCGUUGUUUAUUUGGCUGCGUUUGCGCGUAAACGAUGCUGGAUCCCAAGAAGUGCGGAGUGACGAUGACGUCCAGUCAUAGGAUUUCCUUCUCCAUCAUAGAUAUUUUGGAUCCCAACAAAUUUAACAGCAGAAGAGCGAACGAACUUUCCAGAGAUACGGAGAAGUUUUCCUGCCCACACGCAGAAGAAAGAAGUUUGGAGUCGGACUGCAGCACAGAAGACGGAGAGGAGCUGACGAAAACAGGCGAUGACAAAAGAAAUGACACUUCAGCCUCCAGGCAUCAAACAGUUCUUGCUGACCCUCUGCAGUCCUCGGACCCAGAAGAACCCUGCCCCCUUGGAGGCCAGGAUGAUGGAGAAUCUACGGUCACCCCGGAUCAGACCCCUUCCAUGCACAAGCGUCGGCGCUCGGACCAAGGCUGUGCCAAACCGCGACGGGCCAGGACGGCCUUCACGUAUGAACAACUGGUGGCUCUGGAGAACAAAUUCCGGGCAACUCGGUACCUGUCUGUGUGUGAGAGACUAAACUUGGCCCUGUCCCUGAGUCUGACCGAGACCCAGGUGAAAAUCUGGUUCCAGAACAGAAGGACCAAGUGGAAAAAACAGAACCCCGGGGCGGACAGUACACUGCAGCCCGGGUCCAAAUCCCUUGUCAGUGUCAGUCCGAAUCCGACCACGUGUGGGUCGAGCCCUGCCGGCUUUCACCAAACUUUCCCAAACUUCAGCCCUGGAAAUGUGAUCUUCCACACAGCCGGUGCUGUUCCACUUACAUCCACUGGGGGGCUCCUGCACCCCUUCAUGUCCAAUGGGUUCGUGCAGCCCACUUAUUUUAACCCACAUCUAUGAAAGAAGCCACAGCUUUGGACCAUGACAAAAACGACUUUGACCUCAUGCAUCAUACAAGGAGAAAAUGCAAACGUUUGAACUAAACGAAUACGAUUCGACUGUUCGACUGUAUAAAAACGAAUACAGCUAAUUCUUGCAAUCACCUGCUUCAAUGUAAUCAAACCCAGAUGUUCACCACUCUGUACUGAUCGUGUGUCAUCAUCCUAUAACGUGUCACUCUGUCUUGAAGGUUUUACAUUUGUUGCCAUAACAUGCAAACGUAUAAUUGUAACUUAAUAAAAAUUUAAU